AUGGUUGGUGGUGAAGUCACGUGCCGGCCACGGAGAUGGAGUCCGACGCCGGAGCAACUGAUGGUGUUGCAGGAGCUUUAUCGGAGGGGACUGAGAAACCCCAAUGCGUUUCAGGUCCGAACCAUAACUUCCCACUUGGCGCUUUAUGGGAAGAUUGAGACCAAGAACGUGUUUUACUGGUUUCAGAACCACAAAGCUAGGGACAGGCAGAGGCUGAGGAAAACGCUCAAGCAACAUCUGCGUUAUCGACCGGUGUUUGCUCGACAACAACCGCAACAACCUGCGGGGACCCAGGUUCAGAAUGGUUGUCAUCAGAAUGGUUUUACUGAUUUUUGCUCCGCUUUCUGUCACUUAUCGCCUCGUAUCUCUACAUUUCUUCAUCAGGGUGGCGGCGGUGAAGAGAUACUGAACAUGGGUGUUCCAGCAUCAUGCGACAAUGCUGGAAAUAGCAUGACGACGAGGAUGUUUGACCGUGAUUGGAUGAUGUUGAUGGAAACAGGAUCUAGUAGUGUUCCUCGUUGGGUGGACAGAACACCCAUAACCCUGCAACUAUUUCCCCUCCAGGCAACCGAUAUCAAGGGAGAAAGCAGCACUAUUUCCAGUCCUGUAUCUUCUUGCUAG